AUGCAGCACAGCUGGCGCAGCAAGGCCCUCACCUGGCAAGCCUUGGGCGACCACUCGUUCGAUCUCACACACGAGGUCGAUGGUGGUGACACUGACAAUGCUCCCGGUCCCUCGACAAGCAUGGAUGGUGAUGCUUUGGAGAAGGGGAAAGGGAAGGCGAGGGAAGUGGAGCCGGAGAAGGAGAAGGAGAGGGAGAAGCUGAAGGACGAGCAGGAGAAGCCGCACAGGAAGUGGCCUUUCUCCCAGAUGUCAAAGCCGGUCCUAAAGUCGGCGAUGAAGACACCGAAGAGGGGAAAGUCAGGGCAGGAACGGAAAUCGAGGGAAUUGGUGGAUUCAUUGGACAAGGAGGAGGAAGAGGACGGGUCCUCGAAGCCACGCUCAGACACACCAUCGGCCCUCUGGGCCUCCCCGAUCCCCGGGCUCUCCGAAGAAGGCCCCCUUUGGCCCUGGAAUAAGCUAGACUGCUUACCUCGGGUCCCCAAAUCUAACAUUCAGCAGACACCUCCGCUCAUGCGCCCUGACAUCCCCGAGUCAUCUCAAGCGACUUCCGAGAGCCCGAGGGAUGUGGCCCCAGUUGUGGAUGCCGGGGCCAUUCUCAUUCCGGGACCGAACAACCCAUGCAGGUGUUGCACGCAGUAUGAGCUGCUGUGUACCACCAGCCUCCACCACUCGAGGACGGUCUACCGAGUGCUUGAGGGCCUCCUCGACAGGCCCAUUGACCUCCCAGUCAACAGUGCGGACCUGAAGCCAAUCCUGGGGGCCGUCGGUAGCUCCGAUCAUUGCAUCAUCGAGUUUGGCUGCUCCCCAUGCAGCCCAGGACCUCCCGAUCCCAGACCUCCACUGGAUGUCGAUCGCGAGAGCGCAAAUCGCAUCGCAGCUCUGGAGGCUUGUGCCUCUGAACAGGAGAGCACAAUCAAUACACUCCGAAGGCUGCAUGAGAGCCUUCGGCGUCAGAUCAUGCAGCAACAUCCAUCAUUCCCCCUCCUGGAUUCUCCUCCCACUGCAACUUCGUCUCUACUCCUUGAUCAAGCCGCUCCCGGGUCGCAGUCCCAUGUGCACUUGGCACCCUUGGCACUCAUCAACUUCAGCAUCAACUCGACAGGCGAGGAAGCCUCCACCAUUGUUGCCCCAGUAAUGGAGCCAACAAUCCCGCCCUCUCAGACUGAAGCAGCAUUGGACACUGCUCCUGCCAUUGCAUCGACAGUUCCCGUCAAUGCAGUUCACAGCCCGGCCGAUGAUGGCGCCUCCACCUUCGCAUUGGCCUUCGCACUUCUGGGCCCCCCGGAAAUGUACCCCAGCCCUUUGGAGACUCCCGCAGACAGCCUCCUGGAAAUGCACCCCAGCCCUUUGGAGACUCCCGAGGAUGGCCCGGGCGCCGCUGAGAUUGUUGAGUGUGGGUCGCCCCUCAACCUCCUUUCAGAAUAUGAUUCUGGUGAUGAGCAGGACGCCACAAUGCAAAUGUAG